AUGGCACCAAUGAGAGAUCAACCAGAAGAGAAUAUGAACCGACUGGUUCAAAGGAAUGUUAUGUUAGACGAUCUUCAAUUAGCAAAAAGGGUUAGAAGAGGCGAUGAUGAUGAUGGGAGUGGAGAUGGGAGAAAAGGCGAACGGGAUGAUGACUAUAGCGAUGAGCGCAGCGACGAUUAUCAAGAUACACAGGUCGAUAGUUCACAAAUGCCCACACCCGUGGUCACAAGGACUGCGUGGACCCAAAUAACAAAUACUGCUUGGACCACACAAACUGCCACUGCCUGGACCACGCAAACUGCGAUCACUACUUCAUCGAGUGUAAUGACUGUCGUCGUUGUUGCUACGCCAAGCUCCACAUCGACAUCGGCAUCUUCAACAUCGACUUCAAUAUCCAUUACGUCUGCCACAUCUUCAUUGCCAACAGGGGCUGUUGCAUUCACCAUACCAAGCUCAGAGCAACCAGGAAGGAAAGGCUUAUGUACCCUUUCUAACGGAGCUCCAUGUGAAAGUCCCACGGCUACCACAUCUACUGUCACUGCCUAUGAGGCCGUCAGUGCAAGCUCUGCGCCGACUGCGCAAGCAGAUGAAGAUGGGUCAUCUCCUUCCGACAUACCACCUCAAUUUCGCCACGGAAAUGAAGGCGAUCUUAGUCCUUUGGCGGAGAAGCUUCUAAUAAGUGCUGGAUCAAUAGCUAUAUUCGUCAUCUUUGGCGCUAUCAUAUAUCUCGUCAUCAGAAUGAAGAAGCUAAAUCGAUUGGCAAGAGGAGAAAUAUCAGAAGAGGAAGCUCGUUGGUAUGGAUGGAGAAGAAACAGAGGUGGCCCAGGUCGUCCUCCCAGUUAUGCUAGCGGCAAAGUUUCACAAAAUGGAUAUCCUAUUGAUGAAAAAUUUACUGAAAGGGAAAUGGGUGGUUUCUAUAACUCUGAAAGCAAAUCGUCACUCGAACGCCCAGGAUCAGCAACUGUAAACUUACGGGGCUUGCGUACAGAUCUCCAAAGACAAAAUUCAAUCAGGAGCAGUCAAUCAGGAUCUGGUAUGUCUGCCAGUCCAGUUGCCGGCCCAGGUCAAUCAUACGGACCUUCAAGCAAUAUGGAUUACUAUUAUUCUCAAACAGGAACUAUGAGAUCUCAGCAGUCAGGACAGUCUUCAAAUGCCUACGAUCCUUCUCAAAGGGAGGUCAAUCAUAUGAGUUACUUGUCUUCAAUAUCGUCAGGAUUUGGUGACUCACUUGUCAUGCCUGAUGAUAGUGCACCUCCUCAAAUUCCAGUCUCCAGAUUUUCUUGGACAACAGCGUCUCAAGGUGCUCCACGGAAUAGAGACACUAUAUACACAACAACGUCAGAGGAAACGGCGCCACGAUUUCGCACUGUCAAUUCAUGGGUGGCUCAACAAACAGGGCGGGUAGAAAGGAAACAACAAAGUGACAUGGAAAUACCAGCAAUGCCAGAAAUUCCUAUUUCAUAUACCCACCGAUCGCAGGUUCCUGAACCUUUGUUUACCGAGGGCCAUCAACGCAAUUUGAGUGAGAACCCAGCUUUUAGACAUCACCCCGGUGACGAAAUCGAGUUGGGAAGAGGCUCACGUGUUCCGAGUUCAAUUCUGGAUAGAAAGAUGGGGAUUUAA